AUGGCCUUUCACCAAACGUCGCGCAACGUCGACUUGAGCAAAUCGGAGACGGAGCUUGCGACGAACAUCAAGAAGGCGACAUCAAUCGAAGAGACGGCGCCGAAGCGCAAGCAUGUGCGAGCAUGUAUCGUCUACACCUGGGACCACAAGAGCAGCCAGAGCUUCUGGAAUGGCAUCAAAGUCCAGCCCAUCAUGGCCGACGAGGUCCAGACGUUCAAAGCACUCCAGACAAUCCAUAAAGUGCUGCAAGAGGGACACCCAGUUGCGCUGAAGGAAGCACAGUCGCACACAUCAUGGCUCGAGAGCCUGAACAGAGGGCUGGUCGGGGGCAUCAGCGGCGGCGACGGCAUGAGGGGAUAUGCGCCGUUGAUCCAGGAAUAUAUCCACUACCUGAUCUCGAAGCUGCAGUUCCACCGCAACCACCCGGAGUUCAACGGCACGUUCGAGUACGAGGAGUACAUCUCGCUGAAAUCGAUCAACGACCCGAACGAGGGCUACGAGACCAUCUCCGACCUCAUGACGCUGCAGGACCAGAUCGACAGUUUUCAGAAGCUCAUCUUUGCCCACUUCCGCAGCGGUUCGAACAACGAGUGCAGGAUUAGUGCGUUGGUGCCGUUGGUCGCGGAGAGCUAUGGGAUCUACAAGUUCAUUACGAGCAUGCUGCGGGCUAUGCAUACCACACUGGGGGAUGACGAGGCGCUGAGUCCGCUCAGAGGCAGAUACGAUGCGCAGCACUAUCGUCUGGUCCGGUUUUACUACGAGUGCUCGAACUUGCGAUAUCUGACCUCUCUUAUCACCGUGCCGAAGCUCCCGCAAGAUCCUCCGAAUCUCCUCGCCGACGAUGAAACGGCCCCUGCGCUGCCUGCACGACCACGAAACGAACCAGCCACGAAACCUCGAGACACACCUCCACCGACGCAGAACACUGAUCCCGAGCCGAUCAAUGAGUUCUGGAAGAACGAGCAGGCGCGGCAGCAGGAGGAGUAUGCGGCUGAGCAGGCGAGAUUACAAGCGCAAUGGGAGCAGGAGAGGCAACGGCAUGAACAGCAACAACUGCAAGCUCAGCGGGACUUCGAGGAUCAACAGCGCAUGCAGGCUGAGCAGCAAAGGUUACAAUUGGAGCAGCUGCAACGGGACCAGUAUGCUCAGCAGACGCAAGGUCGUAUGGCUGAGCUGGAGCGGGAGAACCUGAAUGCUCGUGCCCAGUAUGAGCGGGACCAGCUUUUGUUGGAGCAGUAUGACAGGCGAUUGAAGGGUUUGGAGACAGAUCUUGCGAAUCUGCAGCAGAACUUCCAGCAGCAGACACAGAGCAAGGAUGAUCAGAUUCGCGCGUUGCAAGAGCAGGUCAAUACCUGGAGGACGAAGUACGAGGCUCUUGCGAAGCUGUACAGUCAGUUGCGGAGGGAGCAUCUUGAGCUGUUGCAGAAGUUCAAGAACGUGCAGCUCAAGGCCAACUCGGCACAAGAGGCAAUCGACAAGCGGGAGAAGCUGGAGCGCGAGCUGAAGACGAAGAACCUUGAGUUGGCAGACAUGAUCCGGGAGAGAGAUCGUGCGUUGCAUGACAAGGAUCGCACGACUGGCGGGCAUAAGGAUGAAGUCGAGAAGCUCAAGCGAGAACUGCGGAUGGCGCUCGAUCGCGCUGACAAUGCUGAGCGAGGCAAGGGCAAUGAGCUUUCUGCUAUGCUUUCGAGGCACAACCGCGAGAUUGCCGAUCUGGAGGAAGCGCUUCGCACCAAGACGCGCGCUCUCGAUGACACUCAGAUGAAGCUGGGUGAAGGUAGUUCUGAUCUGGAACGCCAGCUACGUGAGAGAGAAGAGGAGCUCGAGAUCUACAAGUCUGGCAUGGACCAAGCACUUAUUGAAGUGGAAGAGCUCCGAAACGGCAAUGGUGCGACAGACAACGCGAUGGACGAGCAGAUCGAUGUCAUGCUGCUCGACAACAUUCGCAAGAUCAACGACAUCAUCGACUCCGUCUUGCAGUCUGGUGUCCAGCGGGUGGAUGACGCGCUGUACGAGCUCGACAGCAGCAUGCAGGCCGGUAAUCAGAACGCGAGCGGACCAUAUGUGCUCUCGCAGAUCGAGAAGGCGCAGAGCACAGCUAUGGAGUUCAGCACUGCAUACAACGCUUUCAUCGCCGAUGGUCCCAACGCUACGCAAGCCGAUGUCAUCCGCACCGUCCACACCUUCGCCAACGCCAUCGCCGACGUCCUCUCCAACACGAAAGGUCUCACGCGCUUCGCCAGCGACGAUAAAAAGGCCGAUCAGCUCGUCGCCGCCGCCCGCCGCUCCGCCUCCAGCACGGUCGACUUCUUCCGGGGCAUCAUGUCCUACCGCCUCGACGGCCUCGAAGACCUGCAAAAGACCGACGUCGUCAUCAACAAGAACAACGACGUUCAAGUCGCCCUCAACUCGCUCUCCAAGCUCGCGGAUGCCCUCGCACCAAAUACGAAACUGACCAACCAAUCCGGCGACCUAGGCGAGCUCGUCGACCGCGAAAUGACCAACGCCGCCAAAGCCAUCGAAGACGCCUCCGCCCGCCUCACCAAACUGAUGAACAAACCUCGCGACCAAUACAGCACCUACGAGCUCAAGAUCCACGACUCCAUCCUCGAAGCCGCCAUCGCCGUCACCAACGCCAUCGCCCAGCUCAUCCGCGCCGCCACCGCCAGCCAGGGCGAGAUCGUCCAGCAAGGGCGCGGCAGCAGCAUGUCCCGCGCGCAAUUCUACAAGAAGAACAACCGCUGGACCGAAGGGCUCAUCUCGGCCGCGAAAGCCGUCGCCAGAUCGACAAACAUGCUCAUCGAGACCGCCGACGGCGUCAUCUCCGGCCGUAAUUCGCCGGAACAGCUAAUUGUAGCCUCCAACGACGUCGCGGCCUCGACUGCGCAGCUCGUCGCUGCGUCGAGGGUGAAGGCGUCUUUCAUGAGCAAGACGCAGGAACGGUUGGAGGAGUGUUCCCGCGCGGUGGGACAGGCUUGUCGGGGGUUGGUGAGGCAGGUGCAGGGGAUUCUGGAGGGGAGGAGGAGGGAUGCAGAGGAGGAGGUGGAUUAUGCCGGGUUGAGCGGGCAUGAUUUUAAGGUGCGGCAGAUGGAGCAGCAGGUCGAGAUCUUGCAGUUGGAGAAUUCGCUGAGUGCGGCAAGGCAUCGGUUGGGGGAGAUGCGGAAGGUGAGCUAUCAGGAGGAGGAUUGA